AUGCUUCACAUCUACCGCGGUCUCUCGCACACCAAUCUCACCACAGGCGGUGCCGUCAACGCGAUGGCCAUCUCCAACCGUCUCAGUCGUCUGCGCAAGAAGGCUGCUGAUGACGGUCUUCUGCCUAAAGCAGGCGCCACGGUGCCUGCGAAGGGACCUAAGGCCACUGCUGCCAGCAAGAAGGAGAAUGGGGGGAAGAAGGGUGGGAUGGUCGCUGAGGGUCCGGAAGGCGAAAACGAGGCUUCUGACCGCAAAGGCUCCGAAUCCUCUUCUAUCCGCAAGGGUUCCGCCAAAAGCCAGAAAGUGCUCACCGGUCGCGUGACCAAGGCUCGCACUCCCGGCAAGAAGAACGGGAAGAGCAAUAGCACGAUAUCUAAUGACGCUGAGGUUGAGGUUGGAGAUGAUGGGCUUGACGAUGGUGUAGGAUCUAGGGCAGAAGAUGGCGAUGCGUUUGAGAAGAAUAUUGCUUUACGUAUCAAGAAGGAGGACGUUGAUUAA